AUGAGAGGACGACUCGGUUUCAGCACCACGGAGAGCGCCCGACUUCUCCUGUUCGGUAAGUUAGUGUGUACGAGUGUGUACAGUUGUCGUGACUACUCACUGCAGUGAGUGCGUGCGUGGAUGUGUGCGCGUGCGUGCGUGCGUACACACCCUCUACCCUUGUUUAGGCUUGACUGUGCAUGUUCACAUAUACAUAUCACCUGUUCUGGCUUCUCUUGAAGAGUGACGAGUCUGAAAGUGUUAAAACCCGAGCAGAGUUGGACUUGGUCACUUUCUGACGCUGUUUAGUCUGCAGCCAGGCGCGUGCUGUUGCUCCCCUGAUGCUGCAGAUUUCACUCUCAGGUGUUGCAACCUGCUUUUGACUUUGCCGUGUGAGGAAAACAGAGGUGGCGAAUAGCGAUCUGAAGACGCGAGGAAGUCUCCGCCAAAAAUCACGAUUCUGCUGAUUAUGCAUGUUUUGGUGUGCAUUUGUGUGUGUGUGUGUGUGUGUGUGUGUGUGUGUGUGUGUGUGUGUGUGUGUGUAUGCGUGUGUCUCAUCUAACAUUAAGCCCCCUCCUCUUUAUUUGUUUCUCAGGUGUGCUCGCGCUGUCCGUGGUGCUGGCGGAGCAGGAAGGAGAGAACCUGUCCGGUCUCUCCACCAACCCGGAUAAAGCCAUUUUCGCUGUGCGGGAGAACGGCACGACAUGUUUGAUGGUGGAGUUCGCCGUAAGAUUCCUCGUGCCAUAUGACGUGCUCGCGCUCAACGGGAUAGACGUAAGGAAUCCCCUCGUGCAUUUUAAUAAAUGUGUAUGAUGAGGAAAGUGAAAGAGCCUAAAAAAAAAGGGAGACGCUGACUAAAGCGUUUUGGUGACAUUAUGAGGGUAUCUGUGCGUAAAUGUGGAUUCAACUGUAAAAUUAUUGUUCGAUGAGAAAAAUUGUUAUUUUCCCCUCUUGACUUUUUGUUCUCGGUCUGAUUGACAGCUGAAAAGUCUUUCUGACAGGACUAAAAGUGCUCUUUCAGCAGUUUUUCCAGUGAGCAGUCGUGCGUAAAAUGGUCACGUUUCAUUACAGGCAUUGACAACAGACUUUAAAUAGAAUAUUGUCUAUUUUUUCCCCCUUUUUUUAAUGUUUGUACUGAAAUUUCACCUUAAUAUUAUCUCAUCCCAUAUAUGUUUUUCUGCAUUUAUGAGUUGGUGCGUAAAAACGGAAGACCAGCCUCAUUGGUGGCCUUUUUCCAAGUCCUCAUCUGUUAACCUCUCGUGUAUUUUUUUUCCUCUUUUUGCAGCUGAUCACCGAGCAAGCCGCGUUCACCCUGCCCCGUGGUGCAGAAAUCGAGGGGGUUUGUGCGCGCACGGAGUCUGAGAUCCACAUAUCCUGGAAAAACAAAGCCUACACCCUUCGCAUCUACUUCACUAAGGUGGGCGAGAAACGGCCUGAAUGGAUAAACUUCAAUCAAACAGAAUAUCUGAGUCAUAUAAGGAGAAUGAAAAAAAGACUAGGCCACAUAAAUCACAUGAAUAUGUUUUUUUUUUACAAAUUUAAUGUCAAUAUGGAAACGUUUUACGCAAUUUGGCCUGUGAGUUUACGUCGAAAUGUGUCCGUUUCUUUGCAAUAAACACUCUGAGUGGAAUCCGUUCACUGUGUAGCUACAGUUCUUUAUAAUCUUUAUAAUAAAUCAGAUAUAUUCAAACUUCAUUAGUGGACAAUAGCAAAAAAAGAAGAUAUUCUUCUAAGCAGAGGGCCAGCAGGGCCUCACCGUACAGUGGAAAAGCCCACUCUGACACGCGUGUGUGCUGGUGUGUGUGUCUCUACGUGUAUGGCAGGAGUUCCGGGAGAAAGGCGUCGAGGUGUGGAAGAUCAGCAAGGUCCAGUUCGUCUACGACACCUCGGAGACAUCGCAUUUCAUCAACGCAUACAACCGUGAGUGCACCGCAGAGCGAUUGUGUGUGUGUGUGUGUGUGUGUGUGUGUGUGUAUGUGUAUGUGUGUGUGUGUGUGUGUGUGUGUGUGUGUACAGUAGCGACUCAGCACAUUUGUAUCCCGCCUGCUUUGAUCGCCUCCUCUUCUCAUUCAUGUCACACUCUCAUUCAGUCUGAUUCAGGGAGCUGAUUCAGACUCGGAUUUAAGAUUUCCGCCCACGUGUUGGACUGAGUUUCAGCAGGAAUUACUGCAGAUUGUAGAUCAGUCUGAAGAAGAGCAUUUUUACACCCUGAAAAUGCACAUUCCUUUAUUUGACCAUAAUUGUAGUGUUUAACUCAACCUAAUUUCUUUAUUUUUAGUAUUAAUUUUAAAUUUGCACAAUUCUCUAUGUGAGGAUUUUUUCUAAUCUGGCCAUUUUUUUAUUAUUUUUUUUUAUUAUUUAUUUUUUUGUCAAGUUGAUUUGAAAUUGUAAAAUCUGUUGAUCCAUUUUAUUUUGAAAGGGUUGUUUCCUCUUAUUUUGAUAUCUACUCCUGCUCAAAAAUGAGUCCCCAACUGAUGUUAUGUAUGAAUUUUAAGAUUUGCUCCAAUGUUGUUGAAGUAAAAUUGUUGAGACACACUCAUACACACAUACACACAUACACACACUCAGACUGGGGCCCUCAUGACUCCUCCAUUUGCUCUCAUGACUCAUCCUCUCCUCUCUCCAGCUGGGAAACACACAGCCAGCACCCACCGCCUGUCUGCCCUGGUGACGCCCGCCGGCCGCUCCUAUGUUUGCACGGCGCAGCAGACCCUCACCCUUAUCUCCAGCGACCACCAGAAAGGCAUCACAGUGUCCAUGUACGACAUCCAGAUCCAACCCUUCGACAUCGCCUCUGACUUUGUGUUCAGUGAACGUAAGAACGACACACACAAACACACACAACCCCUUUAAGACAUCCAUGAUCAAGUCUAUGCUUAUCAAAAUGAGUUAAAGAGAAAUCCUGAGGUGUGUGUGUGUAUGUGUGUUGGGGGGUGAGGGUGGGGGUGCUACAACUUCACAUCCUUCCCUCCACUCUCACUCUCUCUCACACACCUCUGUGAGUUAACUGCUGCAGUACACAGAGGGCUGCAGAGGGGGACGGACUGACAAAAGAAAAAGAGGGGGUGGGGAUAUAAGAGAGGCGUAAGUGACGCACAGAGAGUGUGAGAGAAGGGGUGGGGGUCAUUAGAUCUUUAUGAGUGCGGUUAUAUCUUCGCCCUGAAUGCAGCGUUUACAGACAUCCUCGGUGUACCUGUUCGUCCUCUGCAGCCGAUCACCUUGGAGGAAUCAUUUGCAGUGAGCUGCUGUAAACCAGGCUGCGCUCUGCUUCACUGCCUCCUCCUGCUGUGAAUUACUGACAUCCAGAGGGACAAACACCUCCAACUUUCAAACACACACACACACACACACACACACACACACACACACAAUUUGGUUGCCUGGAAGUCCUCUUUCUCCUGUUUCUGUAACCUGAAAGUGUGUGUUCAUGACUUAAAUAACAACAUGAAUAUUUUAAAAAGAUAUACAAACAUGUACAAAUUACAUCCGUGCAACCAUGCAACACUGCAGAUGCUUUACAUUCUUCAUGUAUUCUUCAUGUAUUCUUCAUGUACGACAGGCCAAGUCAUGUGACUGAAAUGACAACUCACUUAAAAUUCAAUUCACUUCCAGCUGCAGAAAGAAGAGAAACCUCGGUGUAUGAAAAACAACACAAAAAUAUAUACAGUAUAUAUAUUGUUUUCUGUCAUAUUAGAUCAGGCACGAUAAGUUAGAGCCACUAAAACAAAACAGAACAAAACAAAAAAACUUGACUUUAGAGCCAGAAAUUCACAAGUUUAAGGUUCUCAAAUAUGGAUGCUUGCUGGAUUUUGUCCUCACACGAGUAAUUUCAUGAUAUGUUCUGUAAGUAAUGGUUUGAAAAGCACUAAAAGAUCAUUUUUGAAUCAAACUACUAUGAAAAUAUUGUUUGCAGAGUUUAGUAAAAUGCUCACAUGAUGUUGAAAUGAAGUGGUGUAUAAACCAGACUUCUUUGGAGGAUUGGAGGAAAGUAAAAAUACUAGUGCGGCCCUGUUUAGCCUUCCUGUCAUCCAUGUUCAGUCGCCUCAGCAGCUGACUCUGUUCAUUCCUCCUUGUCUCUACAGCCUACAAGUGCAUCACAGACCAGCGGGAGCGCCUAGAGGAGACCCUCCCCCUUAUCCUGGGCUUUAUCCUGGGCCUCGUAAUCGUCAUCACACUCACUGUCUACCACUUCCACCUGAAGUUGACGGCCAGCCAGCCACAGCUCCCCCGAGACCGCUCCAUGUACAAGAACAUGUAG